AUGGCCAAGUCGACGCGUUAUUUCGCCCAGGACGAAAACCUUCAAAUCUUCCAGGACGACAUGUUUGACAAUUCUCGUCCCAUGACGAGCCACGCUCCCAUGCCUUCCGUCACUCGCCCGCCCCGUCGCCCCUUGAGUGCUUCCAGCUCCAAUGUCGUUCUCGAUCCGCCUUCUAUGAGCUUUUCCGGCUACUCGCCUUACAAGACGAAAUCUGCCUCGCCUCGCUCACCUCUCAAGUCCUCCCAGGGCUCCAGACUCAACAUGGUCUCCAUGGCUCCUCCCAUGGCCAAGCGUCACACCACCGACAACCUCCAAAAAAGACCUCAGCUUUCCAAAUUCAAGACGGGCCCCCAAAAACCAACAUUUGAAGUCAAUUUCGGCAAGGAAAAUGUCCACCCACACAUCUUUCCAGCUCCUCCGACAAUCAACAUCUCCAUGGAAAAUUACUACCAGCAGAAACCAAACCCCAACGGCAAGCGUGGCCUCAUGGAGGCCGCUCCCAUCCGAGAUCCCCGUGCUAAGAAGCCAAAAGUGGACGACAACGGACUGCCACCUCACGACUCCUUCCCUCCCAUUUCCGACGACGGCACAAAGCCUCCCCACAGCUACGCUCAGCUCAUUGGCAUGGCCAUUCUCCGAUCCCCCAUGCGUCGACUCACCCUCGCUCAGAUUUACAAGUGGAUCAGCGACAACUACUCCUUUUACAACCCUGAUGAUGCCGGCUGGCAAAAUAGCAUCCGUCACAACCUGAGUCUGCACAAGAACUUUAUCAAGAUUGAACGACCCAAGGACGACCCCGGCAAGGGUAACUAUUGGGGCAUUGAGCCUGGCACCGAGCAACAGUUUCUCAAGGAGAAGCCUCCGCGCAAGUCGGCUCCCUCUGCAGAGAACCUUCCCGUCAUGUCGACGCGUCUUGAGCCCUCGAUGCGCUCUGCACCCAACAUGAGUCUCUUGGAGCCCACUCUCCCUCCCCAAGGUUCUCGUCGCCAGUCUGCUCUGCCGCCUCUGCCUACCUCACAGGCCACCCUGUCCAUGCCCGCCGAGAUCUCCUCCGACGCCACCAUCCCCAUCUCAGACUCAGCCGCUCCCGAAGACGGGGCUGACCGCCACGACAACGAGCUGCCUCAUGAUGCCAUGUAUUCGCCUCUGCCCGCCACCAUGCACUCGUCACCGCCUGUGCCUCGACAGGGAGAGCGAAGCGGCACUCCGCCUCCCAGGACUGGCCAGCCUGCCUCUUCCAUCACGCGCUCCCACAAGCGCAAGUUUGCCUCUAUGGACGACAGCGGCUAUAUCUCCUCCCUUGAGUCUUCCGUCAUGCGCCCCAACCAAAAAGCCAUGCUUCUUACUUCGGAAGCUGAUCGUCCUCGCAUCAAGCGCGGCCGCGCUGAGGAGGAAAUUGCCCGCCUGCGCCACUCUUCCCCGUUUAGCCCGACCAAGUCUCGCUCCCUGUCCGUCUACGGCCCCAUCUCUUCCUCUCCAUUGAGACACGCCUCGGAAGGCCACGCUCUACUGCCUCUGACCCCCAUCGUCAAGAUGAAGCCUCCUGCCCGUCCUCCUCCCUCGGUCUCUCCCAACACCAACCUUCGGAUCCACCGCGACAAGGUCCGUCACAUGCUCCAGUCGCCUCUCCGCCGCGUCAUCGGCGUCAGUGAGGAAGCUCUGCCCUGGAGCCCGGCUUUUAACCUUGACGAGACUCUGUACGCCUUUGAUGACAUUUCAAGCAAUGUCAAUGACUUUGACAUCUUUCAAGAUAUUGCUGGCUUGGACGAAAACACCUUUCCCGUCAUUGGUUCCGCGGACUCGGGCUCUCCCGUGAAACGCUCAGCCAAGCGCGCUCGCCUGGACCGAUCUGUUUCUUCGUCAGGCCUUGACCAGCUUACGGGCUCGGUCAAGAAGACGAUUACCUCUGCUCCUCUGCUACGCGUUCCCGAGCACUCACCGCUACGCUUCCUGGACACUCCGAGCAAAGUCUUUGAAGGCCUUAGCUCUCCUUCCAAGAUGCUGCAGCAGUCUCCAACGCGAGCCUCGCCGAGCAAGUUUUCUGCUGCCAUGCUGGAAAUAUCGGCCGAUGACACGUGGCCGUCGUUGGUCAUGGACCCGAGCGAAUUCGCCUCGGCCAAUGAGAAUACGGAAUUUGGCGGUCUUGAUAUCCUUCAGGGCUUCCAAAAGAUAGGCUCUGGCUCUCAACAGUCCAAGCCUGCGCGCCCUACCAAACCCGCUCUGGGGCGCAGUUACUCGACGGCAUUUUGA